UAUUAUAUGUAAAUUAAAUGAUUCUACUUCUAUUUAAAGUUUUACCUUUUCACAAUGUCACGUGUCAUAUCGAUCAACGUCAACAUUCCAAAAAACGAAAUAAUUUUAUUUAUUCAGUAUAUUCAGUCAGUAGUCAGUGUUCUUCAAUGACUAUUUGUUAAUAAUUUCAGGGCAGUGACUUGUGGAUCCUAUGCCUAUUAUUCUAGAGGAUAAUAUAGGUGGUUUUACUUGUUAGGAUCUUUUUUUCUAAUCGUUAAUAUCUGUGGAGAUUUCCAAAAACGCCAACUAAAGCUUUCAGCGCUAAAUGUGUCUGUUUGUUUAACCUAGAUUGUGCUGUGUUUCUACAAUUUGCUAACAUGAAUGCUUCAGAGCAUGGAUUCACCCCUGCUUUUAACAUGGCCACAAUCAAACAGGUUGUUAAUGAGGCAAUUGAAAGGGUUCGUAUGCCCACUCCAAUGAGGCUUCGAGAUCUUAUAAGACAAAUCCGAGCUGCUAGAACUGCUGCUGAAGAAAGAAGUGUCGUAAACAAAGAGUGCGCAUAUAUUAGAAGUACUUUCAGAGAUGAAGAUUCAGUUUGGAGAUGUCGCAAUAUAGCAAAACUUCUUUACAUUCAUAUGCUAGGAUAUCCUGCACACUUUGGGCAGUUAGAGUGUUUAAAACUUAUCGCCAGCCCAAGGUUUACUGACAAAAGAAUUGGUUAUUUAGGGGCUAUGUUGCUUUUAGAUGAAAGGCAAGAUGUACACCUUUUAAUAACUAAUUGUCUUAAAAAUGAUCUUAAUUCUUCCACUCAGUUUGUGGUGGGACUUGCGUUAUGUACUUUGGGUGCUAUAGCAUCGCCUGAAAUGGCCCGGGAUUUAGCCGCAGAAGUGGAAAAAUUAAUGAAAUCGCCAAAUGCCUAUAUUAGGAAGAAAGCUGCACUUUGUGCAUAUAGAAUCAUAAAAAGAGUACCCGAACUCAUGGAAAUAUUUUUGCCAGCUACCAGAAGUUUGUUAUCUGAAAAGAAUCAUGGGGUGUUAAUAACAGGAGUAAUUUUAAUAACAGAAAUGUGUGAAAACAGUCCUGACACACUGAACCACUUUAAAAAGAUUGUACCAAACCUAGUCAGAAUUCUUAAAAAUUUGAUACUUGCUGGAUACUCUCCAGAACAUGAUGUAUCUGGAGUCAGUGACCCUUUCUUGCAGGUAAAGAUUUUAAAACUUCUUCGUAUUCUUGGCAUAAAUGAUACAGAUACAUCAGAAGCUAUGAACGAUAUUUUAGCUCAAGUAGCUACUAAUACAGAAACGAGUAAAAAUGUUGGAAAUACCAUUUUAUAUGAAACGGUUUUGUCUAUCAUGGAUAUCAAGUCUGAAGGUGGACUAAGGGUGUUAGCUGUGAAUAUUUUAGGAAGAUUUUUGCUGAAUAAUGACAAAAAUAUUAGAUAUGUGGCUCUGAAUACUUUGCUAAGAACGGUUCAUGUAGACACUUCAGCUGUUCAGAGGCACAGAUCUACUAUCUUGGAGUGUUUAAAAGAUCCGGAUAUUUCAAUUCGAAGAAGGGCGAUGGAACUGUCGUUUGCUCUAGUGAAUUCCCAAAAUAUCAGAACGAUGAUAAAAGAAUUACUGAUAUUUUUAGAAAAAGCAGAUCCUGAAUUCAAAGCUCCAUGCUCUAGCAAUAUUGUUAUGGCAGCCGAACGAUAUUCACCUAAUAAGAGGUGGCACUUGGACACUAUGUUGAAAGUACUUGUUGCUGCUGAAAAUUAUGUCAGAGAUGACGUAAUUGCCUCAACGAUUCAGCUGAUUUCAGAAAGUACGAGUCAUCAAGGCUAUAUUGCUCUGCAGUUAUGGAAGGCGUUAUCUGAAGAUUCGCAUAAUCGCCAGCCUUUGACCCAGGUAGCUGUGUGGGCAAUAGGCGAAUAUGGUGAUUACCUUUUGGAAGCUCAGGCAGAUGAGGAACACGAAAUUUCUCGCCCUCCUACCGAAGAUGAAGUUUUGGAAAUUUAUCAGAGAUUACUUUGGAGCCAGCAGAACUCUAUAACUAGCAAACAAUAUGCACUUAUGUCACUGACAAAGCUAAGCACAAGAUUUAAUAAAUCCACUGACAAGAUCCAACAAAUAAUCAGUUUCUUUUGUUCGAGUCUACACAUAGAGUUGCAACAAAGAGGAGUAGAAUUUUCGCAGUUGUUUGGAAAGCACCAGCAUUUACGCCCAGCUUUACUAGAAAGGAUGCCUCCAAUGGAAAUAAUUCGGAAUACAGAUGAAGCUCUCCAUACGAAUGGAGAGAUUGAUAGCUCAGAUAUUAACUCUCAAGAGAGCAGCCCUCAGCAUGUAGCUAGUGAAUCUAAUACGCUCUUAGACCUUCUCGGAGGUGCAGAUGAUUUAGAUAUAAUCAAACCCACUUCUGAUGUAUCUACGAAACCUCCCCCAGUCUCGAAUUCCAAUAACCAAGAUCUUCUAGAUCUUUUGGGUUUAGGACCAUUAAAUGAAGUGACCAGUACUCCAACUUUGAAUGACACACGUAACCUGGUGCUGAUUUUGGAAAAUAAUAAUCCUAAUCCUAUUUUUCCUGUGAUGAAUAGUCAAAACUCAAAUUUUCUUACUGAUGAUCUUUUUACUAGUGUACCUGUUGAAACCAUAAAAAUUCAACCUUUAACCGCCUUUGAAAGACACGGAUUGAAAGUUGUAUUCUCAUUUCCCGGAGUUAAAGAGAACGAUGCAGUUACAAUUAACGUUACUGCCACUAAUGACACCUUAACUACGAUGAAUGACUUCUUGUUCCAAGCGGCUGUACCAAGGACAUUCCAAAUUGAAUUGCUACCACCUUCCGGUAGGAUAUUGGCUCCAAAUGGAGUUGUCACACAAGUUCUGAAAGUAAAAAAUCCAGGUCAAAACGUAUUGAAGAUGCGGAUCCGCAUUUGCUAUGAAGUUGACGGAAAUCCAAUUCAAGAACAGACCGAAGUGAAUAAUUUCCCAGGGGAACUUUGGGAAUGACUGACUGAGUGAUUUCAAUCAUAUAGGUUUGUGGUGUAUAAAUUAUUAUUUUUAUAAAGGAGUUUUCCUGUGAAAUUAUCAAAAUUGUUGUAUCAAAAAGUUUUUUAUUUUCUGUAACAAUUGCUAACAUUCUACAAAGGUUUUAAGAUAUAAUAUAGAUAGAUAAUUCUUUAAAAUACGAGCUAACAAUAUUAUGUAUAAAUUAAACCUAUCAUCUCAGCAAAUUGAAAAGAUGCACAGAUAAAUUAUUUAAAAUAAAAAUAAAGCCAUAUUUUUGAUGAGUUAUGAAAAAAGAACAUUUCAAAAUUACUUAUAUCUCUGUCAUUUAUUUCUUUUGUUUUACUUGAAUACACCCUGCAUAUUAUUUACUUUUUAAAAUCGUGUAUUAUCAUUGAUGUAAAUUUCGGCUAAAAAUCCUUCUGAAAAUAUACGUUUUUACAAGUUUUACUAAGUUGAGUGUGUAUAUUUAGUCGUGGCCAAAUCUCGUCAGCAAUAAAAUUCACAUCAAUGAUCAUUCCUACAGUGCCUUGAGUUGCGGUGAUGGUAGAAUGUUAGAAUAUAGCGGCAUUUAUAUUAGAAUACAGAUAUCUAAGUAGUCGCUUAUACGAGACAAUUUUGGUAAUUUUGUGAAAAAUAUAAGGUACUUCUAAAACGUGUUAGACAGAUUGCAUAUGUUUACUUACAUACGUUUAUGACUUUUCAUUUAUUGUUAGGGAAUGCAAUGUUUUCUAUUUAUAUAGUGAGAUUUUAAUGAGAUCAUGUAUAUUAUUUGGUACUUAAUUAGGAAUAUUUCUUUUUAUAUUAUUAUAUUGAAAUAUUGAGUCGAAAGUCCAUUUUUAUUUAAUGCGUUUGUGUACAGGAUAGUUGAUGUAAUAUUACUAAAUAUUUUGAAUUUAGGAUGUACCUACUUAUAUUUAGGGUAUUGAGAGCAAAACCUACUGAAUAUAACUUAUUCAUAACCUGUAACAAUCCCUGUUACAUAUAUGUUUAUAUUCCAAAACUAUAUCCAAAUAUCCUCAAAAAAGGACAUCGACGAUCAAAUAUCCUGUAUUAAUAUUAUAAAUUACAAAAUUUAUAUAUUCAUAUCUGAACAAAUUAAUAAGUAAUGUAAUUAUGUAUUAAUUCGUUCAGAUUUGAAUACCAUUUAUUAACUGUAAGACCUAUUAUAGUAAGUUUUUUUUAUUUUGAUGCUUUGUCAUAAAACUGUUAUUUGCGUCCAUAACGUAGUUAAUAAAAUAAACUGUAAAUAAUCUAAACAAUAUAAUUUAUUUAUUCCA